AAGGAUUAUUAGAUUGAUCUGAUAAAAUUGCCAAGUAGACCAAUCAGUCGUCCGACCCUUCCCUGAAUGAUUGUCUCUUGGGAUAUAUAAUUUAUUCUGAGCCAUCAUUCAGUUCAAAUUGACAUCGUCUGAGUGCGACAAAUACAUCGCAUACAUACUCUUAUUCCGAGCCCUCCAAUGCGAUUAGGAGGUCUGUUAUAUUUGCGUUCUUCAACUACCUAGAUCCGAGGCAUUUGAAAUUGUUGGGUUCUUGUGACGAGGAUUGGGGGUAGGACUUUUUUUUUUCUUUUUGCAAAGAAAAAUGCGAGACUGCUAGCCGGGUCUGAUUUCUUCACAAUGUUUGAAGGUGGCAUACAAGCGCGAGCCAACGGGGAUAGCUUUUCAUCCUUACUUCAAGAUAUUCCGAUUCAAGCUCUAAAAUCCGAGCUCGCCCGCCGUAUUGAUUCAAGAGCGCCAGGUGGACAAGCAGACGGGUCGACAUGUGGCUCCGAUAAAGCAGGAUACUACAACACGCCCGCUCAUGUUUUUGCUUUAUUUCUCAUCCUUAUUCUUAGCACAUUAGCAUGCUCAUUCCCAAUUCUAGCGCGUCGAUUUCCUGGAUUACCCAUCCCACGACACUUCCUCUUCUUCUCUAGACAUUUCGGCACAGGUGUCCUUAUAGCGACGGCAUUCGUUCAUCUUCUCCCUACAGCAUUCAAUUCACUGUUGAAUUCAUGCCUUCCCCCUUUCUGGACGAGCGGAUACCCCGCAAUGGCUGGGUUUAUAGCAAUGCUAUCGGUGUUUUUGGUUGUCACGGUUGAAAUGUUCUUUGCCAGUCAGGGCGCGGCCCAUGUUCAUGGGAAAGAUUACGAUGAACUUAUUGGAGGCGUUAGCGCGAAGGAAGGCCGGAAGGAGCAUAAACAAAUAGGGCGUGAAGAAUAUAUCCAAUUGUCAAAUCAGGAUCAAGCAGCAGGAGAAAGCCUAAUUCAAUCUCCGACAAACUCCACGGGCCAAAGCGCCGCCUCCGCAAGUAAUAACGAGGACCUUGAUAUGGAAGAGCUAGGAUCCUAUGUGGAUGACGAAACAACUCCCAACCAACGACCCAACCCCCGUACCAAACAUGCUCGCCAAGGAAGCACGUCCAUCACCCAACUGCAAAACCCGCAAAGACAACUUCUUCAAUGUCUUCUUCUCGAAGCCGGUAUUCUCUUCCACAGUAUCUUCAUCGGUAUGGCCCUCAGCGUGGCCACGGGGACAUCAUUCAUCGUGCUCCUUGUAGCCAUCUCAUUCCAUCAAACAUUUGAGGGCUUCGCACUGGGGUCCCGAAUCGCUUCCUUGAUACCAAGUCUCUUCCCACCUUCCUCCUUCAAACCAUGGCUCAUGGCCUGCGCAUACGGCACAACGACACCAAUUGGGCAAGCCAUCGGUCUUGUUCUGCAUAACAUGUACGACCCCCGCAGUGCCACGGGGCUUAUAAUGGUUGGAUUCACGAAUGCUAUUAGUAGCGGUCUACUCCUCUUCGCUGGAUUAGUGGAGUUACUCGCAGAGGACUUUUUGAGUGAAGAGAGUUACGAGACGCUCAGUGGUUGGCGGAGAGUGGAAGCUUGUCUUGCUGUUUUGGGCGGGGCGAUGCUUAUGUCGAUUGUUGGGGCUUUUGCUUAGAGCUGUGAGCGUUUGAACUAGUCAUGUAUUAUAGUUAAAGAGAAUGGUUAGAUCGUUUUGUUCAUC